CUCCUCUUCCAUAAAUCGACCAUGAAACCACAACCAUCCUCCAUGGAACACAAAGGCACGGCCCAGCGACUCCUCUGCUGUCCCACUCUUGUCGCUUCGGCUUCUUCCUCGGUAGCAUAGCCUCCCUGUCGCCGGAGAUGAGGAGCAUGCCGACGUCUCUCGUGGCGGCGCUGCUGCUGCUGUCGGCGCGGGCAGCUGUGGCGGAGCCGUCGGCUCCCACCCCGGCACCUACACUCUGUGACGACAACUACUCGUGCCCGGAGGACACGACCUGCUGCUGCAUCUAUCGGCAUGGAGACGAGUGCUUCACCUGGACCUGCUGCCCGCUCCAGGGCACCAUCUGCUGCGACGACAGCUACAGCUGCUGCCCACAAGACUACGGCUUCUGCGACACCAAUCUGGGAACCUGCCUCAUGGCCCAGGACAGCCCGCUGUCAGUGAAGGCGCUGAAGCGUACAAUGGCCAAGCCGCACUGGGCUUUCUCGUCAGGAACCAAUGGCACCACUAUGUCUGAAUCUACCCAAGAAUUCGACACCUGCGACAGCACUACUCAGAUCUGUAGCACGUUAUAACGGUUUAGUGAGCGGCUGGGAUAUUUAUGAAGGACGAUCUGACGGCAUAGAUUCAGUUUUCUCUUCUUUUCUUGUUUGAGAGAAGUUUUCUUUUUCUUUUUAGCUUUCACCUUCAAUACUUCUUCAUUUUUCACUAACUUGAUUCGGCUGUGGAUAUAAAGCCGAUUAAAGAGAUCUGCUCCGAAGAUUUGGUUAGGCAUCUCCAACGUUGACCCGCAAACCGGUCACCGCUUCUGUUUGCGGAGAGGGAGGGCCGUCCAUCUAGUACUAUUCGUAUGCAUUUCAAACCGUAUUUCAACUAACCCUACAAAAUUCAUGUAAACUGGAUGAUAUUCAUAAAAUGGAGCACAUUCGUUACAUUUCAAACAAUUUUCAUUAAAAAAUGGGAGCCGGACAUAAAAUUAGACUACGACAACGUGUGUUGUCCA